AUGGGAAAUUGCAAAUCGUAUUCCGCGAACUUCAAAGUUUAUAAAAACAACACAAACGAACAAUAUGAAAAUUUAAUAUGUCACUUUGUGAAGCAGGAUAACCUUAGCUUCUGCCAGAAGGCCUUCGUCAUAUAUGAAUUCCUAAAGAGGAAGCCUGAAUGUAAAGAUGAGUGCGUGUACUAUAUCGCGCAAUGCGCGAAUAGGAAGAAGGUGAAAAAUGCAUUGGCAUACCUAAGCGAAGAGUACAACAUAGAGAUUCUGAAUUUUCUAUUGAAGCUAUUCAAAAAAAUGAACAAUGAGUACUAUAACAAUAGGAGUAAUUUUUACUUCAGUAGUUAUUAUAAUUACUUUCUGCGAGAUGAGUCAAAAUUUGCCAAUUUUUACGAACAAAUGAGCAUAAUACAGAGCAUAUAUAAUUUUGUGCGUCUAAAAUAUAUCCUUGAGAAUAUCUGUCUUCAUGUCUAUUUUGAAGAUUCGGAUAACUCCAGUGAGCUUUACCAAGUAAAUGACAACGUUGUGAAAAAAAAUGUUCACACCAAUGAAUUUGUGAAGGAAAAGUCAAUUGAGUUAUUUCACCUGAACAAAAAGCUACUUGGGAAUUUAUCAACAGAAAGAAAAAAAAUGAUGUAUUCAAUAAAAAGGAGUUUUAUAAACAUCGAAGAUUUUUGUAGAAACGAUUUAAGCUGCAACGCAUUUUAUGACUUCAGAAUGGCCAAUGUUAUGUGUCUCUACAUUUUGAAUAAUAAUUAUAAAAUUAAGUCAAUUUUAUAUAAUAUAUUUACUAUUUUAUUUUUUAUAAAUAAGUUUGUUUCUUUGUACGGAUCAGAACAGGGAGACGGUGCAGAAAAAAAUGAUGAAAAUGAACAUGUAGGAGGGGAAGUAUGCUUUGAUGAUAAGGUCAAGUACUCCUUGGAACACAGAAACGUGUAUGCCACGUACUUGUUCGUCUGUUUAUGUCUAAGCUUUGAUAAGAAAAUCGAAGAAGACGCCAUAUACAAUGCGAACGUUAAUGUAAAUCAGAAGGGCGUAACCUUCGUGAAAUGUGUCAACGAGUUUUUAGACAUUUGCACCUACUCACAGAAAAAAUUAAAUAAAUUUUUUUCACAAGAGAAUAAAGAAAGGAAAAUCUAUCACUGUUCAGUUAGAAGUAUCAAAAAUGCGUACAUGAAUCAUAACCUUGUAAAUUCUCAUUACAUAUGCUGGAAAAGGUACAUAAAAAGUGUGUUAAAUGUUGGGAAUAGUAAUUAUUUUAUAAAAAACAAUAUGAUUGUUUUUUGUUUUAUUUUGUUUGAAAAUUCCUGCACCGCUCUUUCCCGAACGAGCAGCAAAAAAAGCAACCUCGAUAAUCGGGGUAACAAAUCGUUCUUCGAAUUUAAUAGAAGUUUGUUCCGGAAGGGGAGUCAGGUGUAUGAAGAAAAGGUAACGUUGCGUAGAAAGCUCUGGCGAAAGGUAGUGAGGAGCAUAAAAUUCAGGCACAGCAGUAAGAAAAGUUAUUACUACAAUGCGGAUGGUAGUGCUAAUUGCGAGGAGAACGAUAACUACAACGAUAACGAUAAGGAUAACCAGAGCGACGAUAAGUCCGAAGCCAAAACGACCCAGUCGCUCAACUUGGAAUUAAAAAGAACCGAUAACGUCGAGUUUGACCUGAACAACGUAGCUCUUUUUAGAGUCGAUUUAUACCACCUCAAUUUGGAAAGUAAAGACAAAUUUGAGGAAAACGUACAGAAUUAUGUAAAAUUGUAUACCAUCGAAAGGAGUAAUAACAACCACCGCUAUGUGAGUAAAAAAAUUGAAAAUCAAGCGGACCACGAGUUGGUACAGACGGUGAGGGAGAACAUCGUGCACAUAAUUAACGUUUUAAAAACAAUGAAAAAUAAAGAAAUAUGCUAUAUAUCGCCCGCCAAUUAUUACGAUGAAUCGUAUGGUAAAAUAAAGAAGGAAAAAAAAACGUUUCCAAAUGGAAGUGACACACGAGUGGAAAGCAAUGACAAUUCUAAUCGAUCCAAAAGUACAGAUAAAACUUUUAAAAAGGAAAGGGGGGAAGACACUAAUUUGAUGAACAAAAAUUAUGUCCAUUUUGAAUCUCCAAAUUAUAUAAAUGAAGAAAAUAGCACUAAACAUUUGAAUGAAUCGGAGGAAGGAAAAAAAGGGCCCUUCGGUUUUACAACACAAAAUGAACUCAAGAAACCGUUUUUCAUUGGCGUACACGAUACCUUCGUUCCGUUCGAAAUGGACACACUGAUUCUGAAAGGAACAAAUUUGAAUUGUGCACAGGAGGAAGUGAUUAAAAAGGAGGAGAAACUGUACAACCAGGUGGCUAGCCAUGCCAGGUCUAUCACGAAGGGGCAUGGACACAGCGGAAAGGGAAGCGGAGAAUCAAGUGAAGAAUCGUGCCAUAAAAAAGAGGAGGUACUACGUGAAGAUGACAAUUUAAAACGGAAAAAACGUUUCUCUUGCGGAAAGGUGCAGAACGUUAUGAGCAAAAAGAGAGAAGAGGAAAUUUUCUACAUGCAAAACUCUCAGCCUGAAAAGAAUACGAACUGUGCACAUUUUGGUAACACGUAUAAACAAGAAAAAUUAUUAACUUCAUUGGAAGAACUCACAAAUGGAAAAGAGUUGGAACCAAUGUUGAAAAGGUACAGCUUUGUAGAUAAUGCAAAACAUAUUAAAGUGGCGUUGAACAAGUUGAGUCGCACCAUGAGGAAGAAUGGCAACGUAGAGACAAGCAGGAACAGCCCCAGUUGGAAAAUUCGGCCCCUCCAUGAGGUCACACGAAUAGACAACGAUGCGAAAGAUUCCAAAUGCAAGAAUCGUGUAGAGAAGCAAAGGGGGGCUGAAAUUAAUGGGAAAAAAGAGCGAGUACAGAAGGAUGAGGAGGAAGAAGAAGAAGAAGAAAAUGAAGAAGGGAAUCAUUUGAGAACCCCCACACUUGAUGUGCCAAAUUAUGAAGAAGAAAUAUACCAAAAUGAUAAGCCUGAUUGUUUUAAAAUAUUUGUACAACACAAACCGGUAGGGGAAAUAAACCCCUUUGUGAAUCACAAAUAUGUAAACAUCAAUUUUGAUAUGUUUAAAAUACACGGGGGAAGGAAGAAGUUACUUCUGAGUACGUAUGUGAGCACAGAUAAGGCCAUUCCAUACAAAAUUACACUGAACAGGGGUGAGCAAUUUGAAUAUAUGAUGGAUCUGUUAUUUCUGCAUUUAAAUUAUAAUAGGCUGUACUUUGUGUACAUUCCGAAGAAAUAUAUAUGCGGAAGUGGCUACCCCAAUGAUUCCAAGGCGAAAAAUAACCCUUUUCUGAAUUCCAUGUGUUGCAGUUGUGAUAUAGUGCUAGAAAAUUUGCGUAUAACCCCCGGUGAAAGUUUGAGAAAUUCUCCAGUGGAUAUGCACGUGUCUGCCUACUUCGAAAGGACCCAUUUUGUGGAGGUCAUUUUGCUUCUUCUGGUUGACAUGGUGAAGACGUACAGCAAAAUAAAGAAGUUGCAGUGCCAUUUUGACAACAAGUGUAAAGAAUUUAUAAAAAGUUUCUACCACUUCUUUGUUGAAAAAAUAAAAAAAGGAAAUAACAUUUUUUGUAAAGAAAAAAAAACGAAUAUUUUAUCAAUUACCAGCGGUUUUCUCAAAAAAACAAGUGCAAAGAGCUCUAAUCAGGAAAGUGUACUCAGUAACGAUUUAAACCUUUCCUCCAUAAAACGUCGCUCACUUUUUAAUGAGAGAUACGCAACCGGGAAAGAGGACAGUAAUGUGGAGGCCAAGUCACUGAUCAUGAUGAAUAUGUCUUCCACUCUCCAUUCGGAGCCCUGCAUGAGUAACGCAGAUGUGGGAAAAAACGCCACUUGCGGCAAAGCUGACAAUACCAGCGCCAGUGGUGGUAACAACUGCAGCAUCACGAUUGCUGAAGAAGGGGCAAGCGCACUGAGCAGUUUCCACCUACACAAAGUAAACGUAGAAAACCCCCUCGACGUAGGAUACAAAUACAAAAAUAUAUACAUAAAAAUAAUCGACCUCAGGUUAUAUGAAUUCAUCUCGGAUUAUGUAAACUACAUAAGGGAAAACAACAGCUACUAUUACCUGAGCCCGUAUUUAUUUGUGUACAAAUUCAGGGAUCUGUGCUUCCUGUGCAUCCCUGUGUGCAACAAUUUCUAUUUGAUUUUCCACCUUUUUUUUUUCCAUCUGCUAAAUUGCUCAAAUUUUUUCAACUACAAAAUAAGCUUCAGCAGAGGUACGAAUGAGGAGGAGCCUUCCAAAGGGAAUUACAUCGAGCACAGUAGUAACAACUUCUUGUAUAUUAAUAACAUAAUAAGGAUAUUAAAUGUCCACAAAAAUAGCAAAACGUAUAUGAAGUACUGCUCCCUGUUGAAGGAACCACAGAAUAGUAAUACCAUUUGCCAGUACUACAAAUGGAAGAAGAAUAAAAUAAUUAUCGAUAUUAGGAACUCUUUUUCGUCUCCCUAUUUUAUUCGCACGAAAAGUUUUAUCAGUUUUAUUGAGAGCACAAAUUUACACAUAAAUCUGAAGAAACUAUACCUGAACAAGGAUUACAUGUUUUCUCUCAAAUUAGACAAGAAGAAUAAGCCCCCGAACGAAUGCUAUUCCAAUGCUAACGAUAUCAUUUUUAUGUUUAGCUAUUAUUUUAAUAUUUACACCUACUUUUAUGGUGAGAAAAACAAUAACCCAAGUAAGGAGUUGUUUCACUAUAAUAGGUAUAUCAUCAUUCCCUAUUUCAAAGAUGUGUAUAUAGGGCGUCAUAAUUUACAUAUUUAUUUGAAGAUGCUGGAAGAUGAGCAUACUAAAGAAACGUUUAGUGACAAAACAUGCUUGGAUGGGGAUGAGAGGAGUAGUAACGAAAUGUACGAUAAGAUGCAGGGAGAUGAUAAAGAUUUAACCAAAGGAGAAGAGGAAAAGAAGGCAUAUAAAUACUCCUUUAUUUACAAUUUGUAUGAAAACUAUGGAGAUAUUUUUAUAAAUUAUUUUUACCAUCUGUUAAAUAAUCUAAUACUAGAAAUAGUGAACGAAAUAAAAUUAAAUAAUUUUUUAAGCAUCCGAAACUUCCUACAAUUAUUAAACAAGUAUGAAAUAAAUUUUGACACAUUUUUUUGGGUUCUCUAUGAUAAUUAUGUAAAUAUUUACAAAAAAUAUUGUGCUCAUGCCGCAUUAGUGAAAUUUUUUAACAAUAAUCGAAGUGAGACCUGCGAUUUUGAUUAUUUAAAAAAAAUUAAAUACAAUUUUUGCAACAAGAAGAAGUUUUAUGUUCGAAGAAUUUUGGUAUUUUCAGUAUGUGUCUUGUUGGCCUUUAUUUGUAAACGCAUAUUAGAAUUCUUUGUGACAAAUUUGAACUGCCCAUACGAAAGCGUAUUCAGUGUCAUUUGUCACUUCUUCUUUUCAAACAAAAAAAGGAGGGAACCAAAUGAUAAUUUACACUUAAAUCUGCUCAAGUCCAUUUAUUUUAACUUAUUUUUGUCACUCAGUUUUGUCCUACAGUACAUUCCGCUAAACGUUCAGUACUUGAAUUUGUUUAAAAUUAUAAGGAAGGUUAAAAAGUAUAAGAUUAUUCUGGCCUUUUGUUUAAACUAUAUAUGCGGUGUAAAUUUGCCCUUUUAUAUCUUCCACGAGUUUCAGCAUAUGCCCCAAAAUUUGCUAAACGAAUUUUUUUCUCUGAAGAGGGAAGACACGUCGAACAACCCCUGCAGCCACGUUGAAUUAAGUAACGAAAAAAAUGCAAACGAAUGUAAAGAUACAACGUGUUAUGCUGAAAAGGAACAAAUCGAAUGGGUGGAUGAAAAUGCCGAUUAUAACAUUCCUGACGAUUCGUUACCCGUAUGCAGAAACAAGAAGAUGAAUAAGAAAAUUUUAAAGCGUUAUCGUUACAAGGCUGAGAAGAAAAAAAAAUGGAAUCUUGUGAAUCUCAUGAUUAAAAUUCAUUGUAAUGCCGGUCCACGCACAUUUACAUUUCAUGAUUUUACCCAUGCUUCAGACAACAUUCUCACGUACUUUUCCAAUAGGAAUAUUAACCAUUUGAAGCAAAGCAGGAGCACCCAUGGAGAUUUCUUCUCCCUGAUAUAUUCCCACUUUGUUAACUUUCUGUUCGCAUUCUGUCAAAGGGGAAAUAAUUUCGGGUUAAGCGAACUUCAAAGUGGACCAAGUGUAAAUUAUUCGAAUGGCGAAAUGGGGGACACUGAAAUGGUAGCAACAAGUGAAUUAUUAAAUGAUGUCACUAAAGAAGUGUCAACCUUUUGUGAAAAUCCAAAUGAGUAUUUAAAAGAGCCAGGCGUGGCGCUACACAGUUGUAACAACAUGUUCAGUUUCGGCCUCCGUGCCGAUUUCCCAUUUUUUGGGGUACAUAAACUAAUGGAAGAAAAUAUUUUCCAUGUCCUUCUGAACAUAAUCGAAACACAUUAUUCUCACCUACUAAUAAUUCUACCGAUAUUUAUGAAAGAGAACUUUAACCUCCUAACGUACGAUUUAAAAGUGUACCUAAUAAAUAUAUUUUUUUACAUAUUCAUUAGAACAGAUAAGUACAAAAUAUGCGACAUGAAUAAUAAAAAAAGACAAUUCACCAGAGCGGGUAAGAAUGGUUCUGUAAAACAGAAGCAAAAUGACACUUUGCGCGUUUGUCGCAGGAACGAUAUGUCAGGUGAAACGAGCACAAAGAAUUUUUUCCUCAACAUCAGAUUGGAUUAUUCGACAAGGAACUACCUAGAAAUAAUAAGAAGAGAAGGAAGGUACGCCCUAAGUGAUAGUCCCAAUAUAGAUGAGUACGAAUAUGGAUGCAGAAACGAAGCUGAAACGGGGAAUGACGAAACUGAAUACGAAAGUGAAAAUAAAAGGGAGACAGAAAAUGAAGCAGAAACGCAAACCGAAACUGAUACUGACUUUGAUGGAGUGAACAAAAAUGCAAAGGAACAUGCAGUUUUUGAAAGGGAAGAAGGUUCUAUCGGGAAUAUGAAGGAAAAUAUUAAAAUGAUCCUUCUAGAUAAUGAUUACAACGUGUACUUAAUAGAAUUUUUCUUUAAAAUUGUUUUGAGGAUAAUUCCAUUUUUUAAACAGAAGAAGAAAAAUAAGAACCCAAGCUCAGAGAAAUCGACUAUUAUUUACAACGUUAAGAUAAUACUAAAUUUUUUUAGAUCAUUUCAGAACGUCAUUUUAUCGAUGAGAAAUAAUUUUCAUGUAUUUAUUUACUACUUUUUCAUAAAAGGUUAUAUAUCACUUAUUUUGUUGAACACACAUAGAGCGCUGAAAUGUUUUAAGAAAGUUUUUGUCCUCAUCGUAUUCUUUUUUGGAAACCCCAUAAACUCCCUAAACAGUCACCCAUUUUUAGUGUACGUUACGUACAUUUUGUAUGUGCUAACAGUUUUAUCCAAGCUGAACGUGGUAAAUUUUCACGAACAGGUAAAGCAAGAGGAAAAAAAAAUGAUUAAAGAUGGCGCGAAUGGAAAAAGACCCACGAUUCAGAGUGAUAGCAUCAAAAAUGAUGAGCAGUCAGGUAGUCACCCACGAAAGAAGAAAGAAUCAGCGGAACAGAAGGAAGAAAGGGGAGAAAAAAACAUGUCAUUGGGGGAAGACAAUGCUCCGCCCAGCAACGCGUGGCUGAAACAAAAAUAUGAAGUAUGGAUGUACCUGGAAAUAAUUCGCACCAUUAAGAGAAAUUAUGUAAAAUUUAACAACAACAUAUAUUUAGUUCCUUUGAAUUAUUUAUUUAUAAACAUGAAAAAACUUUUUAAGGAAUAUUUGGACGAAUUAAAGAGGGUUCAAAAUUUUCAGAAAACGGAUGAUAAGGAUAAAAUAGACAAAAGUUUAAAAAGAAAAAAGACAAGUUUACCAAAGAAAGAAAAACUUGAGGAUAACUCCAUAUUAAAAGAAAUCAAUCUAAACGACAAACUGGAAGAUAAGAGCUUUCUUAUAAACAUUAAUAACAGCUUUGUGUCAUUAUACCCUACAGUUAAAAAUGUGAAGGUUCCGAAGGCCUACCUGAAGGGAGACAUUGAUAAGUCAUUCCCAUCGACCGAAGAUUUUAUGAAAAGGACAAAUAUGUCUGAGCAGAAGCCGAUCGCUUAUGUGAAAAAUAGGAAAAAAAAGGAAAUCCAAGAUGUUGACGAAGUGAAGAAUAUGAAAGGUGAUCACAAGACAGGUGAACAAAAUAUGGAAGGAGAAGUGGCAUCAAAAUUGGAAGAAACUGCGGAAGAACAGGCAAAUGUAAGGCAAAAGAAGGAAAAGAAAAAUACGCACAUUAACGCAAGUGAUUUUCCAAGAGAUGGUUUUCCCCCGGAGAAGGAAGAAGCCGCAAAGGACAAAUGCGCCAAAUCAGUUUACGCCCGCGUUGACAAAAAGGAUACUAGCAAUCUGUUAUUGUACAACCUAAUUUAUAUCAACAAAAUGAACAGAAAGUUGAACAAGUGCAAUUUUGUUUCCUUUAAUUUUAAAUAUGACCAUUAUAAAAAAGUAAUAUCAGAUUAUAGCAAGUAUUACAAAAUAAUAUUGGAAACUUUUAAGAGGAAAUUGUGCGAAUGUUACUAUGCUUACACUUUUGGGAAUAACGAAAAUGGAAGCCUUGCUAUUGGAACUCCGUCCUACCUAAAAUUGUCUCCAACUAUUGGUUCGAUGGGAUAUGAUAAAAACAAGAGAAGCAUAAAAAAGGGUACAGAUUUUUGGUUUACCAAUAAUUUGCAACUAAUACCAAUUAAAGUAAAAAAAAUGUGCAUGAAUGAAGGUAUGAUUUCGAUAAUUGAUAAGAAGCAUAACUUGUACAUUGGUGGCAAUAACACUUUCUUUGAAACUAGGAAUAAAUUAAAUUUUAAAGGGAAGAAUACGAAAUUAAAAAAUAACGAAAAAAGGAAAGUCAAAAAUAAUCCAAGAGGCAGUAAUGGAAAAAUAGAAAUUGACAAAUUCUUUACAAAUUUAAGAUUAAAAAAGAUGAAAAAGCAAGAAAAGAAUUUUCUCGACUAUAAUAGUUCCUCAGGCGACAGUGACAUUUUACUCUUUGGAAAUUCAUCGGGAUAUAAUGAUAUUACAAACUCUCUAAAGCCGAUGUUUCAUUGUGAAAAAUUAAUUGAUUGUUACAAAAGUGUGGAUCAUAAAAAUAAGAGUCUAUGCAACUGUACUAUGUGUUGCACGCCCUUAAAUGUUAUAUCAGAUAACUUCAGCUCUUGCGAAAGUGACGUGUGCUCCCCGUUUGAUAGUGAAGAUAGUGACGUCACCUAUAUUAAAGUUAGCGAUGUAGAUGAAAUAAACAAAAAUAUGAAUAUAAAUAUGCUGCUUAAGCGUGAUACAGAUAAAUCCUUCUAUGUGAAAAAAAGAAAUUAUUAUUUAAAAAAAGUGUCCAUAGACAAUUUUAACAUUUAUAACUCUAUACUAUAUUCUUCGUCUUAUGCAAAUCAGUAUUUAUCGUAUGUUCUGCCCAACCAUAGAAGUUCCACGAAAUUAGUGAACAAAUUUUUUAGACAAAUUUCUAAUGAACAUUAUGGAGAAAGGGUUACCAAUAAUUUAAAAUAUGAUCCAAAUGAAACUGUAGACGGAGAAAAAAGGAAUUAUGAUGAUUAUAAAUAUUCAAAAAAAUACAUGAAAGGGUUAAAAAAAAAAAAUUCUAGAGGAAACUGUAAAAAAAUUGCAGCAUCAACCAAGGGCAAAAGUGAAACCAUAUUGCUAGAUAGCAAUCUUAAUAACAACAAAUUCAUUUAUAAUUUUAUUCAUGAUAUAAAAAGUAGAGUAAAAUUUAUUGAUAUUUACAAUGGUGCAGAUUUUGUCAUUUCCAUAAACAAUUUUGGUCAUGUGUAUUCAUGGGGAAACAAUAAAUAUGGAUGUUUAGGGACUGGCGAUAGGAUCAAUAGAUACGCGCCUACGUUAAUUAAUCCUGGCCAUUUUUUUUUGUAUGAUUUUGAAAAGUUACAGAUACACACGAAUUAUAAAACAGAAAUAAAAAUUAAGGGGUCAGAAAAGAUAAAUAGCAAGUGCUGUGAAAAUAUUUUGUACAAUUCUUUAAUCCUCGAAACAAUAAAAAAGAAUAUUUACAAUAAAAAUAAGAGUUCACAAAGUACUUUAAAGGAGAGCUCUGUAAAAUGUAAUGACAGUGACGGAAAGUUAGGAAAUUCAAGCAAUUUGUUAAAUGGAAAUAAAUACAAAGAUGAAGACUUUUUCACCCUAAAAACAAACAACAUUUACACUUCAGAAAAUAUGUUUAAUUUUGAAAAUUUAGAAGUUAAAAAUGUAGUUAUAAGCGUACACAAAAUAUACGUCCCCAUUAGUUCUAUAUUCUGUGGAAAUAAUCAUGUCUGCGCUUAUUCAAAUGGAUCUAUAUUUAUGUGGGGAGAACAGAAACUAGGUCAAACAUCUGUUCCUUUCGAAAACAUUUACUUUGAUAGCUUUAACAAGUCGGAAUUUUCGGAUAGUGACUCAAAUAAUAAUUGUAAAAAGAAGAAAAAGGAAAAUAACAAAAAUAAAAUGUCAGAACUUUUAUCUUCUUCCGUGUCUUCAUCAAUCACGGAAAGUUACUACUUUAAUAUGAUAGACAAGAAGAAAAUAGGAAAUUUAAAAAAUAAGUUUAACAAGGGUAAACUUUCGUUUUGCAAAAAAAAAUUCAGUUUUAACGUUGAAAAUCCCAUUCAAAAUAGUUUUAACAUCACAAAUAAUGAAAUACUACUCAACAACAGAAAAUUAAAAUUACACUCCAAUUUAAAUUCCAUGAAUAAUAUAAAAAGGAAAAAAAUUAACAACAAUUUAGUUCUUGUUCCAAUUCAAGUCUGUAUAUUUAAUUUAUCAUAUAGAGUUAAAAAGAAUGAAAAUAAUGCUAAUAAUAAAAUAAUCAGCAUGGAUUCAAUCGAGGCUAAGGACAACUGCAGUGUAGAAAAUUUAAUAAAUUUACAUUGCAAUUUACAUGAUCUGGAAAAUGAUGAUGGUAAUGAUAAUAACAGAAAUAUUAAUAAGACCUCGCAAAAAAAAACACAACCACAAAAUGGCAAUUUAAAAAGAAAAAACAGCUAUAUUAGGAUAUUUGAGUAUCUGGAAACUUUUAUAAAAGCAGAAGUAGUAAACAUCUACAUGAGCCUUUUUAGAAAUGAUAUAAAUAUCUACACCAAUAUCCCGAAUAAUGUUAACAUAAAUCCUUAUAUUUAUGGAAUGAAGUUUUAUGAUUACAACUUUUACGAUGAAAAGUAUAUGAAUGUGCAAGAUUACUAUAGUGAAACGCAUAAGAGAAAAGAGUGUACACAUAACAGUAAUAAAAAAUUAAACGUUUCAAAUGGAAAUGAUUGUAAAAAUAAAUAUGAUGAUUUACAUAAAAAAGGAAAUGGUGAAAAGGGCAUUGAUAAAAAGGAUUAUGGUAAUUCGCUCAAUUCACAAAAAAAAAUUGAUAUUCUUAAUGUUGAUGAUCCAAAUAAAUUUGUAAAAUUAAUGAAAGAAAACGAAACUAUUAAUCCACAGAUUUACGAAUAUAUCGAGAAAGAAGAAACUGUAUGUAUCAAUAUUAAACUAAUCAUCUUUUUAUUUUUAUUUGUAAAAAAAAAGUACAUGACGAUUUUCUUGAACAGUAUUUUAAUGGUAUCCAAUGUGUCUUGUGGCGAGGCAAAUACUGUAAUAACGUGCUUUAAAAGAAGCAUAUAUGAUAAAUAUUACCAAUAUAUAAUGAAAAACAUUACUUGCUCAGAAAAUUAUAAACAUAUAGAAAGCGAGAAAAUGAAGUCAAAAAUGAGUACGAACAUUCCUGAAUGCUAUUUGAGCUCAGCAAGUGAAUUAAGCGAUUUCAUAUAUAGAAAUGAUAUAUAUGACAUUAAAAAUUACACCAGCGCAAUUGUAAAUUGGGGAGAUAAAUCAUUUGAUGAAUUUAAACUCAUGAAUUCAACCUAUUCGUGUUCCGACACAUCACGUUUAUAUCGUAUGAUAGAAGAAAUACUGGCACAUUACAUGUGCAUCUAUGUAUGUGGAAGGGAUACAAACAAUAACUUAUGCGUAAAUAAUAUUAACCAAAGUGUGUACACCUUUACCCGAAUCACUAAUAACUUCUUUUACUAUAAUUUUAAUAAUUUUUUAUUUUUGUACAAGUACAAUUAUUACCUAUAUUAUAUACACAAAAAUAACGUUCACAUAAGUCAUGAUAACGACACAACGCAUAUACAGAAUAAUCCCCUUACGACUUUUAAAAAUAUAUUUAACACAUUUGCAAAUAAGGAAAAUAAUACAGAUAUAACAAAUUCGAAAUCUCAAGGUAUUUUUCCAAACCAGUUUAUAAUAAUAAAAAAAAUUGUCUGUAGUAACACUGUAACGUGUGUACUUGACAUACACAAUAACAUAUAUAUGGCAGGGGACCUGAAAUACUAUUUUCCUAAUUAUUUUCAACACGUGGCCUAUGGAUCAUCACCUUUUAUUAAAAUUAAUUUGAAUAAUACAAAGACCAUAAAGAGCAUAUCAAUUAAUGAAAAUAAUAUAUUUCUGAUUUAUGAUGACAACUCUUUAAAAAUAUUAGGUUAUAAUGAUUACAUUGAUUUUUUCAAAUAUAACCACCCUGUAUUUUUUACUAAUAAGCAUAACAAGAAGCACCCUUAUAAUAUUUUAACAAUACAAAAUUCCGAUUUUUUAGUAAAACAAGUGCACGCUGGAAAUAAUUGUGCUGCUUUUGUUAUGAAAAAGAAAAGAGGGAAGAAAAUUCCCAAAAAAUCAAUUAAGCAUUUUAAUUAA